AUGACGGAAUCUAAAAGGAAAACACCUGAUGUCGCUGGCAACACGGUAACCUUUUUACUAACCAAACAGGCAGAACAUCUUGUUGAUGGCCAUCGUGUCAAGGUCGUUGUUGUAGGCAGCGCACCUAAAGGUGUUGCCGUCGCUAUUGCGAUUCUAUUCAAGCGUCUCGCCUCGGAGCUCGUCCUUAUAGACAUAAACGAAGAUCUUGCCAAGGCAGAAGCAGAAGAUAUCAGCCACGCGGCAGCGUAUCUUGGCAAUCCCAAGAUUAUUGGUACCAAAGAUUACACUUGUGCCAGAGAUGCCGCGGUAUGUGUGAUCACAGUUGGAAGCCAAUCUCAUGAAGAUCGGCAACCGAACGAAUAUCUAGAGCAUAAUCUGAAAAUCUUCAAGGAUAUCAUUCCGAACGUAUCCAAGUACGCGCCGAACAGCGUUCUCCUUAUUCUUUCAAAGCCAGUCGACAUCUUAUCAUAUGUUGCUAUGAAGUUAUCGGGAUUUCCACCCAACCGUGUUAUAGGAUUAGGAACAUUUUUGGAUAGUAGUAGAUUUCAAUAUUUUAUCGCUCAGAAGCUCGGAAUUUCGGCGAGCGCAAUUCAAGCAUUAAUUAUUGGCGAAAGCGGACCGGCUUCUGUGCCGGUUUGGUCUGCCGUUGCGGUAAUGGGUAUGCCUUUAAGAGACAUAAAUAAAGAAAUUGGCACGAAAAUGGAUCCGGAAUCCUGGGGAGAUUUGCACACAAAAAUCAUUGAAUGCGAUAACGAUUUGAUCACAAAGAAAGGUUAUCAUAGCUGGGGAGUCGGUAUCUGCGCAAGUGAAAUUGUCGAUGCUAUUGUGCGCAACACAUGCGCCUGUUUUACUGUUUCAACGUUUCUAAAGGGUUGUCGACACGGACUAGAAAAAGAUAUUUUUAUGUCACUACCGUGUGUAGUUGGAAGAAACGGCGUUCAAUCUUUUAUUCGUUUAUUAUAUACAACCAAGGAGCAAGAACUGAUGACGAUAUCUUGCCGAAGAAUUUAUGAAGCACAGAAAUCGAUCCUUGAUCAGAUUGAAUGA